CCUCUCUGGCCGCUGUGGCGCAAGAAGCGCCCAGCGCUGCUCGCAGGCGGGGCUGCCCCCAGCGCGAUGGCUGCCGUCGGGUCCUUCGCCGCCGCGUGCGGAGCCGGCCCAGCGGCGCAGCAUGGCACCGCCGACGAGAAGGUGCCCCUCCAGGACCGGGUCGACGCCCUGUCGCUGGAGCUCGAGGAGAUCCGCGCUGGCCUCGCCCUGGCGCUGCCGUCCACCGCCGCGGCGGCGCAUCGGGGCGGCCCGGAGGAGGCGCCCGCGGGUGCUCGGUCAGGGCUGUGGCGGCAGGCCGAGUCCAUCUUCUCGCGGCUGGAGGAGCUGCGGGCGACCUCGGAGGGCCUGUCUGGGCGGGUCGAGCACCUCGCCGGCAUCGUGAGGGACCAGGCCAGGCGCAUUGCGGACCUGGAGAGGCCCUGCCCAGCCUCCGCGGUGGGCGAGGGCCCGCGGGACGCCGUCCGCCACAGGCCGCUCCAGCCCAUCUUGGCCCAGUCUGCGCCACCGCCAUCGCGGGAGGCUGUGCAGGCAGGCGUGCUGGCGGGCACAAUGCCAGCAGCGCCACCGCCAGUGCGGGAGACGGUCCAGGCAGCGCCGCCGCCACCGCUGGGGGCACUCCGUUGAACCGCCUGCGAACCCUACCCCCCCUUCGGGUCCAGUCAACGCUAGUGGACCUGCCCACAGACACUGGACAUCCCUAC